UUUCUCUCCCGCCUGCUCCUCUCCUAUUGGUCCCUCACCCCGUCAAUCUCUCUUCCCCCCCCUUCAUUGGCCCCUGCUCUGUCCAUCAGGCUCAGCGAGCGGUGAUUGGCCGGGGCGGGGGGGGCGGGAGCGGAAGCCGUGAGGGGCCUGAGGGGAGACCGGGCCACCAUGUCGGGCCCUGAGGCGGCGGCGGCCAGGACGGGCCCGGAAGGGGUCGGGAAGGGCCCGCGAGCGGAGCCCUUGGGGCACCUGGAGCUGCUGGAGCACUGCGGGCGCUGCCGGGAGCGCCUCACCCCCCAGCGGGACCCGCGGCUCCUGCCCUGCCUGCACUCGGUGUGCGGGACCUGCCUCGGCGGAGAUGGAGCGGUGUUCGAGUGCCCCGUGUGCCACUACCAGUGUCCCCUGGGGGACAUCCUGGACAACUUCUUCCUGCAGGACAGUGGGGCUGGAGCCACCGCAGGGCCUGAGCCCCGCCAGAGCUGCAGCAGCUGCGAAGACAACGCGGCGGCCACGAGGUUCUGCGAUGACUGCGCCGAGCCCCUGUGUGACACCUGCGUGCAGGCCCAUCUCAGGGUCAGGUACACCCGGGGCCACUCCGUCAGGGACAUCGGCUCU